AUGUCUGCUCCAACUGCCCAAUCUGUCAAAGAAUUAAUUGCCGCCAAGCCUAUCUUCGUCGCCGCCAAGUCAUAUUGUCCAUACUGUCAAGCUUCUAAGAGCACUUUGUUCAAGGAGUUAAACGUGCCAGCUGACAAGGCUACUGUUUUGGACUUGGACCAAAUGCAAGAUGGUCAAGCCAUUCAAGCCAUCUUAGCUGAACUAACACAACAAAACACCGUUCCAAACAUCUUCAUAAACGGUAAGCACAUCGGUGGUAACUCUGAUUUACAAGCUUUAAAGAACAAUGGUGAAUUACAAAAGCUUGUUGCCGCUUUAUAA